AGACGCUGAACACGUUGACUCCGGGUCUCCUCGCACACUCCAUGCGGGGAUACAGAGACCCAGGACCUGGACCACCUCGGUCCCUGCAGACUGAUCCACCCAGCAGACGGAACCACGGGUGAAAGGUGUUUCCCGAGGACGCGAUAGAAGACUUGAUGUGGUUGUAACUAUGGUUACGUCAGGGUGGGGGCCGUGGGCCCUCUCCCCCCGUGGCCUCGUGCUGGUCAUCUGCUCGUCCGUGUGUCUGUCCCAGCAGCCUCGCAUCCCACCGGCAGACUGCAGCAGAAAGGAGCACCCCGUUGUCUCGUACCAAGCGUUGAGGCCGUGGAUGUCGGAGUUCUCCCACCCGGGAGUGAAGGACUUCUCCCGACUGGCGCCGGACCUGAGCAGAAACCAGCUCAUCGUGGGAGCGAGGAACUUCCUCUUCAGACUGAGUUUGAGCAACGUCUCGCUCAUACAGGCGACAGAAUGGGCCCCCGAUGAAGAUACAAGGCGCUCUUGCCAGAGCAAGGGGAAGACCGAGGAGGAGUGUCAGAACUACGUCCGCGUGCUGCUGAUCAGCGGGACGACGCUCUUCACGUGUGGGACCAACGCUUUCACCCCCGUCUGUGCGACCAGGCAGAUUAGUAACUUCAGUCGGGUGUUGGACACGGUGAACGGCGUCGCCCGCUGUCCCUACGACCCGCGCCACAACUCCACCGCCAUGGUGACGGAGCGAGGCGAGCUGUACGCCGCGACGGUGAUCGACUUCUCCGGGCGGGACCCCGUCAUCUACCGCAGCCUGGGGAACAUGCCGCCGCUGCGCACCGCCCAGUACAACUCCAAGUGGCUCAACGAGCCUCAUUUCGUGUCCGUCUACGAGAUCGGACGAUUCGCCUACUUCUUCCUGAGGGAGACGGCGGUGGAGAACGACUGCGGGAAGGUGGUGUUCUCCCGGGUGGCGCGGGUCUGCAAGAACGACAUGGGCGGACGCUUCCUCCUGGAGGACACCUGGACCACCUUCACGAAGGCUCGGCUCAACUGCUCGCGCUCGGGAGAAAUCCCCUUUUACUACAACGAGCUGCAGAGCACUUUCCACUUACCGGAGCAGGACCUGAUCUACGGCAUCUUCACCACCAAUGUGAACAGCAUAUCAGCGUCUGCCGUCUGCGCCUUCAAUCUGAGCUCCAUCACCCGGGCCUUCAACGGACCCUUCCGCUACCAGGAGAACCCCCGCACCGCUUGGCUCUCCACACCGAACCCGAUACCCAAUUUUCAGUGUGGCACGCUGGAGGAGGGGGGGCCGGGGGGGAACCUGACCGAGCGCAGCCUCCAGGACGCCCAGCGGCUCUUCCUCAUGAACGACGUGGUCCAGCCGCUCACCGUCGACCCUCUGCUCACCCAGGACAACCUGCGCUUCUCCAAGCUGGUGGUGGACAUCGUCCAGGGCCGAGACACCCUCUACCACGUCAUGUACAUCGGCACCGAAUAUGGCACCAUCCUGAAGGCUCUCUCCACAACCAAUAAAAGCCUCCAUGGCUGCUACCUUGAGGAGCUUAGGCCCCUCCCCCAAGGGCAAAUGGGAUCGAUUAAGAGCCUGCAAAUCCUUCACAAUGACAGGUCUUUGAUUGUUGGGCUUGAUGACAGGCUGGUGAAGAUCCCAUUGGAACGCUGCUCCAGCUAUCCGACUGAAAGUCAGUGCAUGGAAGCGCGGGACCCUUACUGUGGGUGGGAUCACAAACAGAAGCGCUGCACCACCAUCGAGGACAGCUCCAACAUGAACCAGUGGACCCAAAACAUCACAGAGUGCCCGGUGAGGAACAUGACACGGGAUGGCGGUUUUGGUUUGUGGGCGCCGUGGCAACCGUGUAACCACGGCGACGGCGACGGCUCCGUCAGCAGCUGCGCGUGCCGGUCCCGCUCCUGCGACGGACCUCUGGCCCGGUGCGGCGGCAUCGAAUGCGAAGGCCCGCUCAUCCAGGUGGCAAACUGUUCCAGGAACGGCGGCUGGACCCCCUGGUCGUCUUGGGGCCAGUGCAGCAGCAGCUGCGGCAUCGGAUUCGAAGUGAGGCAGCGGUCCUGCAACAACCCCUCGCCCCGCCACGGCGGUCGAAUCUGUGUCGGCCAGGGACGAGAGGAGAGGCUGUGCAACGAGAAGAAGCCAUGUCCGACGCCAGUGUCCUGGAUGGCCUGGGGCCCCUGGGCUCACUGCAGUGCUGAAUGUGGAGGGGGGGUCCACUCCAGGACCAGAACCUGUGACAGCGGCAACAGCUGUCCCGGGUGCUCCAUGGAGUACAAGGCAUGUAACCUGGAGGCCUGCCCAGAGGUGCGCCGCAACACCCCCUGGACGCCCUGGAUGCCGGUCAACGUCAGUCAAGACGGGUCCAGGCAGGAGCAGAGAUUCAGAUACACCUGCCGGGCGCUGCUCCCCGACCCCCAGCAGCUGCAGCUGGGCAAGAAGAAGACAGAGACCCGGUUCUGCCCCAACGACGGGUCCGGAGCCUGCCAGACCGACACUCUGGUGGACGACUUGGUGAAGAUCAGCGGGCGAACUCUGCCCCAGCCCCAAGGCGUGCGCUGGGGAUCGUGGGAAACGUGGUCCAGCUGUUCCCAGUCGUGUUCCAGGGGCUUCCGAACCCGGAAGCGCAGCUGCUCAACCUCGGAGGGCCGGACCAACCCCGGCGCCUGCGUGGGAUCCCCGGUGGACUACCAGGACUGCAACGCUCAGCCGUGCCCAGUGAGCGGAUCCUGGUCCUGCUGGUCCUCCUGGUCCCAGUGCUCGUCCAGCUGCGGCGGCGGAUACUACCAGAGGACACGGACGUGCGGCAACCCGCCCCCCGCCGGCGGGGGGGACAUCUGCAUCGGCCUGCACACCGAAGAGGCGCUCUGCAGCACACACGCCUGUGAAGAUUGGGGUGAAUGGACGGGGUGGGGGGACUGUGACAAGGGGCUGCAGCAUCGCACUCGCCCCUGUGGUGAGGACCAGGGCGCUGAGGCCGGUCUCUGCCAGGGUAACGUCACCCAGUCCAGGCCUUGCCAGCCCCGUGAGGUGCCAGUUAUUUUACCCGGACAGGAGGACCAGAGCUGUGGAACCUUUACUCUGUUCCAGUUGGUCGCCGUGGGCGCGGCCAGUUUCUUCGCCGCCGCUCUGCUGUCGGCGCUGGCCUACACCUACUGCCACCAGCUGGGCCGGCCGCCCGCGGAGACGGGCGUCAUCCACCCGAGCACACCCAACCACCUCACCUGCAACAAGCGGGGCAACGCCACGCCAAAGAACGAGAAGUACAUCCCCAUGGAGUUCAAGACGCUAAACAAGAACAAUCUGCACGUCAACGACGAGACGUGCAACCACUUCCCCUCCCCGCUGCCCUCCGGCAACAUGUUCACCACCACCUACUACCCUCCCAGCCUGGGCAAGUACGACUUCCACCCGGACUCGCCCUGCAGGACCUACAUGCACAGCUGAGAGGAGGUCAGGCUCCAAAAACCAACCAGUGGUCUUCACUCGCUCAUGUUUCGUAGAUUCACUGUCACGUUCCAGUUAGACGAGAUGUUAAAGACUCGUGCAUGCGAAUCGUUUAAAAAAAAAUAAAUGUAAAUGACAUUCUUUAAAGAAUUCUGCAGAAUUUCUAGAACCAUGUUCCCUUUAACAUCAUCAGUUUUUUGUCCUUCACGAGUCGCUUCAGUUUAAAGGUUUGGACCACGCACCAUGUGUUUCCUCACCGUAGCCUUAGACCACCAGACAAACUUCUGCAAAAUACUCCCCUUUUGUUGGAGGCAGAAGACAAAGUGGCAACACGUCGUGCCGGUCUCCGGCGAGGAGCGGCGUGCAGUCGACCUUCAGGUGCAGAAGACCUCUUAGACGCCGCGUGGAUCUGGAUAUCACCUACACCGAGAAGAGACUAUAUCGCUUUUCCUUUUUCCUCGUACUGUAAAAUAUUUUAUUGGACACACAAGUGUGGGAUUGACUUUAGUUAAGAAAAAAAAAAGACAGAAUUGUAAUAAUUGUUCCCUCACUGUGUGUGAAUGAAGCAAAGAAAUGAACUCACAGGUUUCUGGCUUAUUAGCUUUAAAUUUUCAUGUUUAGCAGAAUCCGCGAUCAAAAACAAGAGGACAUUUCUGAAACAAAUAAAGUCCGGAUAAUAUGAAUUAUUGUAUCUGCACACGCAGAUUUCACGGAGUGUAUUUGAAUCUGCGUCAUCUCACGUCGUUAACAUAUGGGGCAUGUUUUUGGCAUUCACGCUCAUUUCGCCCGGAUGUUGCAUUACGGUUAUUGUUUCAUAAAUCACCAAAAAUAUUAUGCAGCUAUUUUCAGAGGCUCUCACCAUAAAUCAGCCACAAGCUUCUCAGCCGCAGUGCAGUGAAACACAAAGGUAUCAAUGUGAUGGUUUCAAGUCUGCAUCUAGUUUUUAUGGUUUACUCAAAAUAAUGGGAAACGAUGGUUGCCCAAAUGCUAAACGAUACUGCUUUUCAGUUAAAAAGCAUGUUUUUUUUCUCCCAUUUCUGAAUAUAAAUAAUAAAGUGUACAUUAUUUGGCUGACACUGUACAAAAGCACAUUAUUUAUGUGCACAGUUACUAUUAUUUCCACAGAUGUGAAUGUGAGUCAACGGCUCCCCGUAUGUGUAACAUCACUGGUGCUCGUAUAAAUAGGUUUUUUCACAUUUCAAUGAAUUAUGAAAGCGUUAUGCUUUAAAGUCUUCUAUGCUUCCUUUGAGUGACACGUCUUGUAAUCAGGGGUCAGUCAUUUUAGACGUAUCCUGGAAGAAACAGUUUAAUGUGGUAAAUCGAUACAAAUCAUUUCAUUAUUAUUAGCAUUGAUAUUCCUCAUAUAUCAAUAAACUAAAAUGCUAUAAUUUAGUUGCCCAACAUCUCUAUUUUUAGUUACAAAUAAUAUUGUUCUUUACAGUAGAACAUCUUGGAAAUUAUUCUGGAUUUGCUGAUAAAUAAAAUAUCUACCUAAAGAAGAAGGCUCUUUACACAAUACGGGAUUGCUGGUAUUUAAGCUACUCCACGCCGUUAAUUGUAUUCUGUAUAUCUCAAAUUCCUAAAUUGUAAAUACUAAGAACUGAAUUUGUGUGUUUCUUCAUCUGCAGUGUUACAUUGCAUGUAACUAAGGACCCUGGCGAUGUGUGUUCACAUUUGGGUGCUUAUGAAUAAUUGGCUGCAUGCGCUGACUCACUUAGCUGAGUAUAAAGUAAUGUACAACAUUUUUUAAAUGUAUUGGGCUUAAAUAAGGGGAAUAUUGAUUUUUUUAAAGAAGCGUUGUCACCCUGUGCGGUGACAGGAAAGGUUGUGUUUGGUAUUUAAAGUCAACGGACCCUUAGAAUUGAUUUGUCGUGUUUGCCCAAAGCACUUCUGCUCUUAUAAUAUGCGGCGAUAAUGUGUGAAUUUGACUUAACACUGCCUUUUGGACACUGUGAACUUUUGGUACUCUAUAUUUUUGUAUAAUGUACGCUGUAAAAAACAAAAAAGGUGAAUAAAUAAAUUUUGGUGCCAAUCUA